CAUUUCACAGAUUUUAGACCUAAAUUAUAUGGCAAAGAAGUUUGUUUAUCCACUCAAAUUUUAGUGGGACAGUCAGAGUAAGAUAUACUCAAAUUUUAAGAAGUUCUGAGUAAUGUUCUCUUGCUAACAUGGAUUUGAAGGCUAAUGUUCAAGAUAAUCUCUUGAUGGAGACUGAAACUACCACUGCAGCCCUUGAUGAUUUGAAUGAAAAAUUCUUGCCUAGCAUUCAUUUGCAGAAGAAAGGUGACCACAACUCUACAGGUGAUCUAGAAAAAAAUGCAAUGGAAUCCAGAAACAUUGGUAUGUCUGAUAUGGAAAUGGAAAAUAAGGCAAAUAAUUCUAAAAUUUUUAGCGAGUCCACUCAGAGAUGCCUUCAAGAUGAAAAGAAAUCCAAUACUGAGUCCAAACCAGAAACAUUCACUGAAAUUAGUGUUGGUGAACUUAACAAAAUGACCCGAUAUGAUUUUUUGAGACUGCAAAAAAAGCUCUAUUUGUUGGAAAGGGAUGCAGAAAAUGAACGGGAAGUGAUGAAGACAGUAAAUAGUAGUGGCGAAGGUGUGCCAGGAGUUCUUUCUCAUUUAGAAGUUGUUUCAGUAACAUCUACUCGCUUUGGACGAAUAUGCAUCACAUUUGCUUCUUAUGCACACCAAACCUUGCCUCCUCAUGGCCUAAGAAAAGGUGAUAAUGUGAGCAUUUACAGUGGUGGGCCCAUGUGCCGUCAAGAAGAUCAUUGCAGAGAUGGCGUUGUUCUUGAUAUAUCAAACCAAGAUGUCCACAUCACUAUUGAUGAAGCCUACGAAUUCCAAGAAAGUUCAUCGUAUUCAGUUAAGCACUUUCCCUCGCUGGAGAAUAUUAAACGCAUAUUGAAAGCCCUCAAGUGUAUGGCUGAAGUUCAAGGUCCCUCAUAUCACUUGUCUGCAGUUCUUUUUGGAGAAUCUGAUCCAAUGCCACCUCUCCUCAGGCUUCCUCCUAAGCUAACAUCAUCAAAUUCUUCUAACCAGUUGAUUUUCUUCAACAAAACCUUAGAUCAGUCCCAACAAGAGGCUGUAGAUUUUGUUGUGAAACAGCAGGACCUUGCUGUUGUGCAUGGGCCUCCUGGCACUGGCAAGACCACGACUCUGAUAGAAAUCAUCCGUCAGCAUGUAAAAAUGGGUCUGAAAGUUUUGGCUCUUGCUCCUUCUAACUUGGGUGUUGACAAUCUGGUAGAAAGACUUGACAUUGUUGGCAUACGAGUGGUCAGGAUAGGUCAUCCUGCUCGUACAACACCUGCUACUCAAAGGCACACAAUUGAUGCUCUCAUGCACAACUAUGAGGGGCGUGAAAUUGUGAAGGACAUCCAAAAUGAGAUCAACACUUUGACAAGAAGGCUCGACUUCAUUUAUGGAAAAGACAGACACAGCACCUACAAGGAACUGGGACAGUUAAGAAAAGAGUUGAAUGAAAGACAAGAAAGAAUGGUCAGAGAUCUAAUCCAAGGUGCUGAUGUCGUUUUGUGCACUCUGAUGUCAGCUCACACUAGUAAUGCAAUGAGGUACCUCAAAAAGGACCAUUUUGGCCUCACUGUCAUUGAUGAAUGCUCGCAGGGUACUGAAGCAUCUUGUUAUCUCAGUGUCUUACGUUCCCCUAAGUUGGUUUUGGCUGGCGAUCACCAGCAGCUUCCUCCAACAGUCCUCUCUCCUGAAGCUUCUGCGCUCUUGAUAUCACUUAUGGAACGAGUAAUAGAUCUGCAUGGCUCAAAAAUUGUAAAAAUGCUGACAGUGCAAUAUCGCAUGCAUGUGGACAUAAUGUCAUGGUCUUCAGCAGCCUUGUACAACAACCAGCUCAUUGCACAUGAAUCUGUGUCUCAACAUUUGCUCAAGGAUCUGCCUCAUGUCUCCAACAAUGAGUACACUGGUGUGCCACUGCUGCUUGUGGACACCAGCUCGUGUCCAGGCUUUGAAGAGAGCAUAGACGAGAGCAUCACAGCAAGCAGUAGGAGCAACGAAGGCGAGGCGUCCAUGGUUCUUGCCCUCGUGCAGAAAAUGAUAGCAGCAGGACUGAGUCCGCAGCAGGUUGCUGUGAUCUCUCCGUACAGUCGACAGGUGAAGUUAGUGCGGUCACUCAUUCAAGUUGACUAUCCUGAAGUGGAGGUCCAGACUGUGGAUGGCUUCCAAGGGAGAGAAAAGGAAGCUGUGAUUUUAACACUAGUUCGCUCCAACACCAAGGGAGAGAUCGGCUUCCUGGCUGAAGAUCGUCGUCUAAACGUGGCUGUGACCCGAGCGCGUCGGCAUCUGAGUGUGGUGUGCGACACGCAGACGUUGCAGCAGCACAGCUUUCUCAAGACCUUCGUUGAGUACAUGCUCACCAACGCGAGAGUGGUGCGCGCCGAGCACAUGGAUGAAGGUUUCUGCUGGAUCUUGAGUCACACAUCGCUGUCAAUGAACAAGCAGCUGCGUUUGGCCCAGCAAAUGUGCAAUGCGGAAAAUGUUGACGUUCAACCAAACGACCUAUAUGACUACAACACUGAACUCCAAAAGUGGAAGAACGUCUUCGCCCAGCAAAAGCCCGCCCCAGCAUCGGAAAAGCUAAUUAUAACGGGAGCUGUGGUUCGUCAAUACCAGGCAUUCUUUUUGUACGCCCUAGACUCGCGUAAUUACUCGCGUGCUAUGAGCAAACUCAUCAAGUCUUCAUGGGACUUCUCUGAUCUACAUGAUUUCUCUGGCGUCAUUGGCCUUAUUAGGAAGUACUUGAUAGAGUCGUGUGACAGUGAAACAUUUCCCAUCAUGAAAGAGGAAGUCGCUGGGAAAUUGCAGGAGUCGCUCAAAAAUGUUCUCUACUCCAGCGAAACUAAGAAAUGUGAUCACUUGGACCGCAUCUACAACUUGGAACCAGCCGGCCAGGGCUACAGCGACACUAGACCGCUCAAGCACCGCCGUAAAGAAAGCAGUAGCCAUUACACGAGAAGGCGCUUGUCUCCCUAUCACCGUUCCCGACGCGACGGUUACAGGAGCAGACAUCGACACGGGAGUCCCGAGCGUAGUGCUCGAACUCGUCACGUGUCCCGACUGCGAUUAGGACAAUUGUCUGUACGAUCAAUGUAACUGUGUUUUAGCUUCUUACUGUUAGUGCUCAUUCCUGUAACGCGCUACUGUUGACCUUUUUACGCUGAUACCCUUGUACCUAUUGGGCACUCUGCAUCUUGUUGAGGCACUCUACUAAAGAGACACUCUAUAUCUUGACAAGGCACUUCAGAUCUUGCUAUGACGUUUCUUAUCUUACUAAUAUACUUUUUAGUUUCCCGGGGCGCUCCAAAUUUGGAUAAUUAGCUCCAAAUCGUGAUAAUGUGCUCCUUAUCUUAAAUUUGCGCGCCAGAUCUUGCUUAUUCCCACCGGAUCUUACUUGGACGCCCUUGAUUUUACUGAUGCUCUUCAAAUCUUGCUGGUACGAUCCAGAUUUUGAUUUUCUUGAUCAGUUUCAGGUUUCCUGCACUCGAUUUCUAGUCAUCAAUUUAGUUAAGUUAAGUUUUUUUUUCACUUACCUUAUCAAUUAUCAUGACUUUUAGUUCUUCCCUGGUUUUCAAUUGCUGCUCGCUAAUUACGAUAUUUUUUUAUUCAUUUAUUUCCUUUUGGAAUAUUAUGUGAUUCUUCUGUAUGAUUUUUUCGCUAAGAAAUUAUUGAUGAUAAUUUUAAAGUUUUCUUUUCAAUCUUGGUGUUAUUUCGUAAAUUUAUGUUCUCAGUCAUAUAUUUUUGAGAUCUCCAGCCUCGGUGUUUGUGGCAAUUUGAUGAUUUGAUUUACAAUAAUAUUCCAAUAAGACUGGUUCGUUUCUGCAGAAACCUUAAUAAGCCGAGCUCUUUUUUUUCGCCGAGCUUCACUUGUGAUGCCUGGAUAGCUACGAUUAUGACGGUUACUUGGGAACAUCUGAUCACAGAUGAAUCAUAUAAUGAAUAUCAGUUCAUUGAGGAUGUUUACAUCCAAUUGAAUUCAACAUAGUUUUCAAUUGAUAGACGUUGGUCGUAUCGUUUGUUAUUUUAUGUCAGUCUGCGCGUGGCUCAGCGAUACAAACUGUGUUCCACUCUCCGUGCGACAAUAUUCUGUAGAAUGCACAAAAGUCUUGUGAAUAUCGUUCUAUGUAUAAAUGUCUUGUGAUGAAGUUCAUGUAUACGGACUGUGGAAGUGUAUGCAUGCAGAUUGUGGAAGUUUAUGUAUGCAGAUUGUGGAAGUGUAUGCUUGCAGAUUAUGGAAGUGUAUGCUUGCAGAUUGUGGAAGCGUAUGCCUGCAGAUUGUGGAAGUGUAUGUAUGCAGAUUGUAAAAGUGUAUGCAUGCAGAUUGUGGAGGUGUAUGUAUGCAGAUUGUGGAAGUGUAUGUAUGCAGAUUAUGGAAGUGUAUGCUUGCAGAUUGUGGAAGUGCAUGCCUGCAGAUUGUGGAAGUGUAUGCUUGCAGAUUGUGGAAGUGCAUGCCUGCAGAUUGUGGAAGUGUAUGCUUGCAGAUUGUGGAAGUGUAUGCUUGCAGAUUGUGGAAGUGUAUGCAUGCAGAUUGUGGAAGUGUAU